AUGGAUAAUCAAAGUGGGAAAUUGACCAAAAACAUCAAAGAGCAGCAUAGAAACAAAAUGGUAAAUAUGAAUGUGAAAUCUGAAUUGAAUGUAAGUGGAAUUAUAGAAGAAAUAGCAGCCAUUCAUGGGACUUUAGCCAGCAGCCGCCGCCCGCCACCUCUUCUCCUCCUCCGCUGUGGCCCCGGCCGCCCUGCCGGGCCCCGAAGUCGUCCGCGCCUCGGCGCCGGCCCCUCGGCCCACGGCGCUGGCGGCGCGGUUGGGACAGGACCGAUGUGGCGCAUGCGUGGUGGCACCACCAGGCGCGGGAGCUGCGGCGGUGGGGACGCCGGUGGGGACAGCCGCGGGCAGGGCCGUCCCGGCCGGGCUCGUGGGGGUGGCGGCAUCGGCGGCGGCGUGGGCUGGCGAGGCCGUGCGGGCGGCGCCCGACAGCAGCUGGAGGAGCGGUUCGCCGACCUGGCUGCGAGCCACCUGGAGGCCAUCCGCGCGCGGGACGAGCGGGACCGGCAGAACGCGCGGCUGCGCGAAGAGAACGCCCGGCUGCGGCUUGAAAACCGGCGGCUGAAGCGCGAGAACCGCAGUCUCUUCCGUCAGGCUUUGCGGCUUCCCGGCGAGGCUGGCGACGGGGCGGCCGCAGAGGCGGCCAGGGCCACCCCGGGCCCCGAGGAGGCCAGCACGAACCGGAGGGCGAGAGGCAGCGGCCUCGAGGACGAGCCAGGCAGCCCCAGGGCCCUGAGGGCCCGGCUCGAGAAGCUGGAGGCCAUGUACCGCCGGGCCCUACUGCAGCUGCACCUCGAGCAGCGGGGGCCGCGCCCGCGUGGCGAUAAGGAUGAGCCGCCUUUGCGCGCACCCGAGUCAGGCCUGCGCGCCCCGGACUCAGAGCCCUCCGAGCCCUGGCUGUAGCCCGAGGCCGCGGCCGGGGAGAGGCGGGGCCUCACGCGGCCCCUCCUUCUCCGCGCGCCGCUCCCCCAUCUAGCAAUGCCCUGGGCCCACCGCCGCAGGACUGGACCACUGCGCUCUCCGCCUUCCAUCCCGCACAUCCCAGGGGGGAUUGGGGGGUGGAGGGUCGGCUGAGGUUGAGAGCUUGCCGGGCGCUCUGGAUCCGCCACAGUGCAGAGCACCUGCCUCUUGCCCCUGCUGGUUUCCAUGGGUUGAGGCCUAGAAACGGAGGGGCGGGUUUUACAACAGCAAGAAAUGGGUGCCAGUCAACACUUCCUAAUGCCUGAACUUUUCAGGGUGUUGUGAGGACCUCUUCUAUUUUUUUUUUCUUCCUGUUUUGGUUCUUUGAGGAAUGAAUAAUGCAUUUUGAGUUGGUUGAAUUUGUUGUUCAUUCUUCAGUCCCCUAAAACCUCCAGCCAUUAUCUCUUACGUGGUCAACAUAUGCUUUUAUGAGUCAGUAUUACUAAAGUACCACCUUUUUAUUAAAAAGGUAAUAUUUAUUACUUAGGAACUCUAUGUCUGCUCCCUGCUCCAGUCCUUAAACAUCUAAUAUAUUGAUUUGUUUACCCCAGGAAGUUUUUAAAAUAUCUGCCUAUAAGUGAUCCUUUAAAUUGGUAAAUAAAUCUGAUGCAUUAAAAAUAACCUAGAAACAUCCCAUGACUAUUCUUUGAAGUGUGUGACAUUUUUACACGUUUAAGAAAUAUACAUGACAUGUAUAAAUUUUACAUGUUUUAUAUUUGACUUUAGUUAUUCUUUGUAAGCUACCAUUUUUGCUUAAUGUAAGUGAUCGUUUUAAAUAAUUAGAUAGUCUAAAUACUAUUUCAUUAUUUUUAUUACAUCUUAGGUAUUAGAGCAUAGUCAGUGCACAGCUACUUUGCCUUCUUUUGUUUAAUAAUUUUUAAGAAAUUAUGAAUUAUUUGUAUAUCAGAAGUAUCCAAACAGUGAUUUAAGUCUCAAUUGUGGUUUCACUGGCAAAAAAAAAAAAAAAA